AUAAAAAGAGAGGGAAAUAACCAGCCGGCUGCUAUCUAUACUUGCCUCUGCACUUUCUAUUCUACACGCCCACACACUUUCGAAGAAGCUCGUCACAGACACACAGCUGCAGUUCUCGCGACUGCAUGUGUGUAGGGCUACUAACCGCUAGGCUGAUUAUCACGUGCACGCCAGAGAAGAUAUUCGAGUGAGUCUGUCAAUUGCCAGUUCGUCUUCAAGCUUCUAAGAGUUAACAGCGCCAGUUUGUUAUUAAAGUUAUUAACGAUUGUUGUAUGUACAAGAUGUCUAGAGAUAUGGAGAAAAGAAAUAGAAGUAGAAGGGACUCGCCGAUAGAUUACAUGAGAGCCGAAGACAUCAAGAGAGAGAAAAAUCAAAAGAUGAGCUAUUCGAGUUCUCGGAACAAGAGUCGCAAGUCCAGCUCUAGAGAGCCUGACAGUAGACGUUCUUCCAAGACUAGAACACCAGACAAUGCUAAGGAAUUAUCCAGAGAAUAUAUGGAGAAUAUCUGGGAGAUGAUGAAGAGGCUAGAGGACAACCUUGGUAUACAAAGCGAGACCAUGACGCAAAUGUCAAAUUUAGUGGAAAAAAUGAUGGUCUCGACACACAACAUACUAGAGCUAGAGGAGAUAAGAGCAAAAAAUUUAGAAUUGAAGAAAAAAAUAAUGAGGACCAGUCCUAGUCCUAGCAUUGAAUUGCCAAUAGAGGAGGAAGAAGACAGAAACGAAGAUAUCAGAGUAACUUUGUUAAAUAAAGCAAGCAGCAAAUGGCAACAACCACCAGCACAAGUAGGUCCCAACACACGGUGCUAUAGAUGCAAUAAAGAGGGACACCAAUCUCCUGAUUGCCCAAUCGCUGAAUAUGGAUUGUGGUUUUGCUACUACUGCCAAGCGGUGAAAAACCAUAAAGGCAAUGAUUGCCCAAAGUCAGAUGGCUCGUAUCACCCGAAAGGUAAAAGAGGAGAUAGAGGAUCGUAUAGAGGAAAAGAGAGAUUCCAACCCUAUCAUGGUAGUAAACACCGUGAUAGAUAAACUAUAUCAAGUUAUUUCCCAACAAAAAUUUAGAUAACCAAGGUUCUACGUUUAUAGGUGAUCAUUCCAAUUCAAAGAAUCAUGAAGUCUGCAGGUUUUAACAAACUUAAACUAUUUGUAAAUAAUUUUUUUGUAACUGUAAUCGAUAUUGGAAGUUAUAUAAAUUUUAUUAAUGAAUAACUAGUGUACACUAACAAAGGCAGUAGUCUUGAUAAUAUCGUAUUAUAUACUGUAAUCAAUGUUUUGUCGUAAUACAUCUUCUUGUAAUGUAUUUUUUGAUCUAACGUCUAUAUGGCCUCAAAAAGUUAAUAAAAACUUUGCAUGUUUCAUUUUUAAA